AUUACGGAAGUUUCAGUGUUUCAUACUUCAAAAUGGAAUGUAUUAUGACUUAUUAUAGGGACGUUAAAUCGUAUCUGUGUGAAACAGUGUUGGAAACGAACUUAGACUUUGAUAAUAUUUAUUCUAUUUUCUGUGCUGCAGUUUCGCAAAAUGUAUCAUAUUCUAACCACGGAUCAUUUGUUUGUUUGAAACGAAAUAAAGCGUUUCAUGGUUCUUUGCCGCAAAUAACAUUUAAGAUGGAGCGAAUGCUGUUUGACAGUGGUCAAUCGUUAUCCCAGACUGGGUUGUAUUCAGUGAUGAACAUGUUUCGGGAAAAAAGAAAUAUUGUCAUUAUUUCACUUUACGGGAAAUCCGUCCUCAUAACCAGUGAUGACAUAUUAUCACUUCUGAAGUUAAAAAUAACAAGAGAACUAAAAGAGGGAAAGCUUGUUAAAAGAUAUAUCGAUUGUGAUGUACUCAUUGCCUUGCUUAUCGUAAACUCCUUUCAGACGGAGAGGAAGUCUUUGACAAAUAAUUCAGCUGGUGAAAAAAAUGAAGAAGAGAACAAAUUUUGUAACAAAAACCUUAAAGCAAAGCAAACAGAUGAACGCAAUGAGAUGUCGACAUUAUCACCGGUUCAUCCACGUAGGCCUCACACUACGACUUUAGUUGACUUUGAAAUCGUUGCAUUUCCAACUGAUGGUCAAAAAUAUAACAAGCCUGGGUAUCCAGAUAGCAAGGAAACUGGUCAUGAACCCCAAGAAGAUAAAUAUCCAACACAAGUAACAGAAAUGGACGCCGGACAGCCUUCGUUUGAGUCCUAUCCUACCUAUCCCAGACCAAACACAUCGAGUUUGGUUGCAAUUGAAAACUAUGGACUCGCAGAAACCAACGUUUAUUCAGCGCCAUGUUUUUCAUACAACAGUCGAGCAACAGACAACCACAACGUUAUUGCAUCUGGCACUGGGAUUCCAUUGCAUGCGAAACCUGCCAAAUAUCCAGAUUUUGUGGAAAAGCAAAAGAGAGAAAAUUCGUUCCAUACAACGAAAUGGCAAGUUGACGACAAGCCAGAUUAUUUACUGUUAGCAGAGUAUGGGUUUUUCUUCACAGGUAACAAUGAUCUGGUAAAGUGUCAUCAUUGUGGUAUUGGACUGAAAGACUGGGUAAAAGAGGAUGAUGUCCUUAAUGAACACGUGAAGCAUUCUUCGUCAUGCGGUUUCCUUAUGCAAAGAUUUGGAAAGGUCAAAUUAGAUCAAAUGAAGGAGGCAUUGACAGCGGGUAAGAUCAAUAUUUUCAAUUUGUCCCUCAAGUAUUUCAGUGGUCUUGCUAACAGUACAGAUAAUGUCAUGUUAUUCAUGCAUUAUGAAAUUUGA